AUGUUGGAGCUCUUGACAUUCGGGUUGGAGUGUGUCCGCGAAAGAAGCGGUAUCUUGGUGGUAGCAUUGGCUGUCGCUUCGUCUGUUGCCCUUGUGUGGCUUUGGAAGAAGAUUGAGUAUGAAAACAAGCAAACGAGCAAGGCGACUACCUUCUCAAGUGAUAGCAAGAAGAAGAAGAAGAGAGGAGGCGUUUGCCCCUUUUCUGCCGAAUCUGACUUUUUGGUAGAAACCGCUCAUGACUUGCCUCCCGCACCUUUGGACUUGUUGGAGUCCUGGGUGGACCCAUCCCACCCUGACUUUGGUAAGUAUCCCUUGGCAGCACGAUGGUUGGAAGCAGGGAUUUCCGGACAAGACACUCCCGGGAUGUUACGAGCUGGUCUCAAAAGACUCCGUGACUCCAAGUUCUUUUUGGUAGAAGAACCAUUUCGGCUCCAAGAGGAACUCACCAUGAAGAAAAAGGCAUUGGAUGAUCCAGAGCGAUUCCCCACCGUCUUUGUGGCAGAGUCUGAUGACAAGUGCUUGCAAGCCCAACAAGAAUGUUUGAAACUCUUUCUUGAUUACUUGCCACGGCGAUAUCCAGAUUUGUAUUCGUUCGACAAAGAACAAAACUCCAUUCAUGUCAAAUGCAUGGAUACCACCUUUCACAUCAGUGAUUAUUCAGAACGACCCUUGGAACUUUGUGAACGAAUUGUCCAAGAAGAUCUGGUCUUGAUGAGACCGCCCAGCAAACCAGCUGAAGAGCAAUACAUCAUGGCGGCUGCUGCGGUUGUCUUUAGUUUCAAUGAACUAUCUGACAAACUUGGCCAGCCAGUGGCCUUUAUCCAUGCACCUGUACCUGGAUACCAGGAACAGCUUCGUCGGACAUUGGAUUUGACAUUUAGCAAAUUGCUCAAGAUGGAAGCACCCAUGUGGAGGAACAACUGGGGAUUAGCACCCUCAGGACAGCUUGACAAACCAUUGUAUGGAUCCUCCCAAGCCGCAGAAGAUCCUUGCUUUCAAGCCUCCAAAAUGACACGGGCCGAUGUUCAAGGAACCUUUCUCAAGGUAGAGUAUCAAACCAUUCGCCGUUUACCAAAGUCGGGAUACUUGCUCUUUACUGUCAAGACCAUGGCCGAUCCCAUGAGUAGUUUGGAGCAAACUCCCAAAGCUGCUGCUUGUUUGGCCAAGUCAAUUCGAGGCAUGAGUGCGGCCAUGAGAGUUUACAAGGGAAUCCAGAAUGAUGACAUUUGCAAAGUGGUGCUGGAGUAUCUGGAUAGCAUUGCUGUUGUUGUUGUUGACCAAGCGACGAAAGGAGAAGCAGGAGUAGAAAAAUAA